GUUUGGCCGUUGGAGCGGACGCUUGGGACCGGUGAGUGCGGGAGGUGAAGGGGAAGCCGCCGCCGCCGCCGCUCAGCCCUGCCCUCGCCAGGUGAGCGAAGAUGGCCCGCACCAAGCAGACCGCCCGCAAGUCCACCGGCGGGAAGGCCCCGCGGAAGCAGCUGGCCACCAAGGCCGCGCGGAAAAGCGCCCCGUCCACCGGCGGCGUCAAGAAGCCCCAUCGUUACAGGCCCGGCACCGUGGCCCUCCGGGAGAUCCGCCGGUACCAAAAGUCCACGGAGCUGCUGAUCCGGAAGCUGCCCUUCCAACGGUUGGUGCGGGAGAUCGCGCAGGACUUCAAGACGGACCUGCGGUUCCAGAGCGCGGCCAUCGGCGCUCUCCAGGAAGCGAGCGAAGCCUACUUGGUGGGCCUCUUCGAGGAUACCAACCUGUGUGCCAUCCAUGCCAAAAGAGUCACCAUCAUGCCCAAAGACAUCCAGUUGGCCCGCCGGAUACGGGGAGAAAGAGCCUAGGCGACGGCGGUUUUUACGGUGUUUUUGUAGUCAAUCCUGUAAAAUACUUUGGUUUUAAUUUGUGACUCUUUGGUUUUUUGUUUUUUUUUUUUUUUUGUAAGAAAAUUGUUUAUAAUACGUUGCAUUUGUACUUAAAGUCAUUCCAUCUUUCACUCAGGAUGAAUGCUGAGGUGACUGUUCCCAGACCCGCCGGGCUGGGGGGGGGCCCAGUGGCUCAGGAAGGACAAGUUGCUCAAUAUGCAGAAGGGAUGGGUGAUCUUUCUUGCUUCUCAUGCAUGUUUCUGUACGUUCAUGACUCGGUGGGUAGCUCGAAUCGUAAGGUACUAGAAUCGAUCUAAAUGUGUACAGGGUCCUUUUGCAAUAAAACUGGUUAUGACUUGAUCCAAGUGUUUAACAAUUGGGGCUGUUAAGUCUGACCAUCACUGUGAUCGAACGUGGCUCUCCCGGAGGCGAAGAUCCGACCCUUCACCACAGUGUCACUUACAGUUUCCUAAAGACGUAAACCUGGCAGCUAGAGAAUACACUAUGUGCAUUUAUAAUAGCUAUUUUCUAUAUUGUAGUGUCGACAUUUUUAAAUUAAAUGUUUUACAUUCACA